ACACUUUUUCUAGUGCUACCGUUACUUACUCACAUUUUGUUCCAUUAGAUGCUAUUCAUUUCUAUCUCUAAAUGGCGACAACAUCUGUACUAGGACAUUAGCAGAUUUAAUUUUCAAAAUGCAUCUAACACCGAAGAUUUUAAUUAUGUUUUUUUGUGUAAGUCUUAUCCAAGAGAGAGUGCAGGGUGUCGAUCCACUUGCAACUCUUUUUGCAAAAUUCCAAAAGACACUAUUGGAUUUUUUGAAAAGUAACACACUAAUAGAAAAAAUUGUAAAAAAUUACAACGAAAAAGUCAACGAAUUUGAUGCGACUACUUUGGAUAUAGACGGCAGUCAUUUAGUUCGAAAACUGGCUAACAAAUUACAUAAAAUACUGCAAGAAAAAAUCGAGUCUUUAGAGAAUGCCGUUAACGAGGCCGAAAAAUACGCUGGUCAGCAUGGUUACGAUCCUAACCUAAAGCUUGAAGAUGUUUCGUAUAAGAAUGCUCGGAAUAUUAGGGAGAAUGAAGAAGGCUUCGUUUACGAGGAACGUCUUAUGCGAAAUGUUUCAUAUAAUUCUUCAAGCGUUCAUAUUCCAGUAGAAAUUUAUGAGGGUGAUUUACACAUAUUGAAUGACUUAAAAUGGACGAACAAGUUGGAUGAAGUAUGGUAUAAUAAUUCUAAAAACUAUGACAAUAUGCUAUUGCAGUAUUUUGGAAGUCAAACUGGAGUUCUGCGGGUUUUUCCCGGAAUAAAAUGGUCUAACAUUGAACCAGAUUUAUAUGAUGUCCGUAGACGUCCUUGGUACACACAGGGAGCCAGUUCUCCAAAAGACAUGCUAAUACUUAUAGAUACGAGUGGAAGUACAUAUGGACAAGCCUUAUCUUUAAUAAAAGAGACUGCUAAAUCUCUAAUUAGCACGCUUGGACAAAAUGAUUAUGUCGCUGUAGCAAACUUUUCAGAUCAAGCGGAUUAUGUAGGAUGUUUCCGAAAAUUUGUUCAAGCAAACCCAAGGAAUAAACAAGUUCUUUUGAAAGCUAUAGACGAUUUACAAGCUAAGGGAAUGGCAAAAUACAACAAUGCUUUUAAAUUUGCAUUUGAAAGGAUAAAGGAAUUCAACAAGUCAAUGGAUGAGGGGGAUUUAGAAGGAGCUAAUUGCAACAAAGUAAUUAUGUUUCUUACUGACGGAGGAACGGAUACUGCAGAAGAGGUUUUCGAAAACUAUAAUUGGCCAGAAAAGAAAGUUAGAAUAUUUACUUAUAUGGUUGGUCCUCAACCAAAUCCUUACGCCGCAGUUAGAUGGAUUGCUUGCGCUAAUAGAGGCUAUUAUUCUCGCGUACCAGCAAUGGGUGACAUUCGAUCUACAGUACAGAGCUACUUACACGGUAUCAGUAAAGAAUACCCUAAAACUUGGUCCAUUCACCGUACAUGGUCCAAAACUUAUUUGGAUUAUAUGAGAUUGGGUAUUAUGACAACUGUAACAUUGCCUGUUUACAACAGAACGCGAGACUUAGAUAAAAAUGACACAUUGUUGGGAGUAAUGGGAACUGAUGUGACAAUUGAUGAACUGAAGAGACAUAUACCUUGGAAGAAACUUGGGCCAAACGGUUACGCGUUUGCAAUAAAUAAUAAUGGUUAUAUUCUUUUUCAUCCUGAUCUCAAAGCUCAACACGGAUGGUUAUCGGAUCCUCCUACAGUAGAUUUAUUAGAAAUUCAAAUAGAAAGCGAUGAUCUAAAAUUGGUUCGAGAAGAGAUGAUUAAUAAAACUGAGUCAACUAUGACUGUAAAAGGUUUAACUAGAGUUACUAGUGACGGUCAUAUAUUACAUAAUACAAGAACGUAUCACUAUAUUGGAAUUGAAAAUACAACUUUUAGUAUCGCUAUUGUAUUACCACCGUAUCGCAAGCACAUGUUUGACAAGGUUAAUAAAGACAAAGAUCGAUUUUAUAGAGAAGCAAAACACAUGUUGAAAGAUGAAAUGAUGGUCAUUUCUCCUUGGGAAUGGUGCGAAAAUAUUACUUCAAUUCCAGACUUAUUAAACAUUGAUCUUCCUAGUUUAACUUGUGACCAUAAGUUAUUGGAUCAUUUGUUAUUUGAUAUAAUUUCUACUAGUUCUUUGCCGAAUAUUUGGCAGGAAGCUAAUCCAAGGCAACCGAUUCUGUCGUUCUUUUUUGCAUCGGGUAGUGGAAUGACAAGAUUUUACCCAGAAUCAUCUCGAGAUACUUAUCUUAGUAGUGCUGACGUUUGGGAGUCAACUUUUUUCAAAAGAGCAUUGGACUUGGAUAAAUGGUUUUUUUCUACAUCUGACGCAAGCGAAUGUAUGGAUGAAAAUUGCACAGCAUCAAUAAUUGCAGGAAAAUCAGUGGGAACAUUUUCCGGCACUGUGAAAGACGCAGUCAUUGGUGUUAAAAUACCUCCAAAGUCAUUAAGAGAUAUUUUAAGAAGUAAUAUAAAUAGAUGUACGGAUAAAAACUUCUGUCUAUUGUUAGAUGAUGGAGGCUUUUUGGUAGUUUCAUCAAAUGAAAACGACGAUAAAUAUAUUGGUUCUUUCUUGGGAAGUAUCACUGAUCAACAAUUGUUUGUGCAGAUUAUGGCAUUACUGAUAAAGGAAAAUAGAUUUAAUGAAACAAAAGUUUACGACUAUCAAGCGUCUUGCAGUAUUGUUCAACGCACAGUCAGUGGCGUUGGAAAAACCGCAAAUUUGCCUUUUUUCUAUGAACUUUUGACUUUUAAAUGGUGGAAUUUGAAAAUAUCAACUAUAAUUGGAUAUUUUAAUUUAUUUUGGGCACUACUUACAUCUUCAUCUGUGUCAAACACGGUAGAUGCCAUUGGUUCUCCUAUCACUCAAAACAGAAGUUGUAUUAAAAAAGAAUCUCUAUAUUUAUUGCAAAGAUCAUCUGAUCCUCAUUUUACACGAACACUCUCCGGAUGUAACGGAUGUACGAGAGGAAGUGUUCAGGGUUAUGAAAUAAAGGAAACAAAUUUGUAUUUAGUCGUAUUUAAAGAUGCAGCUACGAAAUGCGAGCCAUCGUGUUAUGAUGAAUUUCUCCAUCAUAAACCAGUAGAAAAUAUCCUUUUUUUAAAUAGUUUCAAAGUUGUAGUGAUAUCAAAUUCUUAUUUUAAAAGCCAUUUUUUCCUUAACUCAAUCUUACCUGAUGAUCCGAAUUUUAUAGAUGAAAAAUGUGACGUGGAAAAAAGAUUUCGGAGACGGCCUGAAUUUUGUUUUGACAACAGUAUGAGCCGGGACAUUCAACAAUGUGGAGGUUUUUGCUUUCUUCCAAACAUCGGGGCGAUUUUCAGUAUGGUUGUUCUAGCUUUCAGGGUUAUACAACGCUAAUCAGUCGACGGUUGUGAUUUUUUUUAACUCUAUCCAUUAUAUAAUGUUUACUUUAAUGGAUAUGUAUCACGUAAUCAAUUGUUUUUAUAACAUUUAAAUCCUUUUUUUGAGAGACUUUUCAUACCCAAUCUGUAAGACAAUGACAAGACCUUAAUCUUACGAAUUUGUAGCUACUCACCUACAGAACUGAAUUCAGCGCAUACUUAUUAUAUAAAUAUCUACUUCGUGUUGCGAAUUCGCUCCUAGUUUGAUUUACACGCUCUAGCAGACUUGCAGUUUAAAACUGAUGAAUGUUGAUAUGUAAUAUGGAUGUUAAUUUUUCCUGUAAUAAAAUUACUGAAUUGUUUUAAGUAAUUCGUUUUGUAAAAAAUAAGCUCAAUUACAAUUAUUUCAUUUUA